AGUGCUCAGAAAAUGCUCUGGCUGCGCCUCGUCAUUUUACUUCUUGCUGUUUGGAAUGUGUAUACAGACGAAGAGGAUAAGUCGGAGGAAAAGGAUAAUGAGUGGAAGAAACAGUUACUCAAAAAUGCCUGCCGCAAUAAUCCGGACUACGGCAGAUGCAAAGAACUUCAGGCAAAGUGGUUCUACAAUAAGCAACGAAAUAAUUGCGAGCCUUUCAUAUAUUCGGGCUGUGGGGGUAACCACAAUCGGUUCAAUGGCUAUAAAGAAUGUGUCGAAUUUUGUCGUUCAUUCCAUAGAUCGAAAUCGAAAUAAGGAUUUGGUGGUUUUAAUAAAAGAGCCGUAAUAUUUCUCAUUUAAACAUAAAUCUAAAAAUGUAUCUAAAAC